UCAUGCGGUAGCCGAAGCAGCGAGAACUGAUCGACGCCUAUCAGAGGACGCAAAACAAGUGGGACAUUGUCGGAUGCUGAAGUCAUCUUUUUUAGAUGCCUCGUCUUGCGUCUCGGCCCCACUAACGCUGUUGGCGCUUUUAAGGUCUCUCCGAGGUCCCGGUUUUCGCAGGUUGGGCCGCUUAGAAUUUUGAAACACUCGAUAAUGAGUAAGUAUAACGGUGAGCUGACCCAGAGGGAGCAGGAGCUGCUGAAGAUCCGUCGAGACAGCGACACCAAGGCGGCUGAGCUCGUCAAGAUGGAGAAGAUGCUGCAGCAGACCAAGGACAUGCUGGACAAGAAGACAGAGCCCGGCGCAGAGAGCAUGGCCUACCAGGAGAACAUGGUGGAGGAUCUGGAGGAGAAAGUGCGCUCCAGCAGACGCUACAGGAGGAACUCCCUCCACCACACGCAGAUGCUGGAGAGUCAGAUGAAGACGGUGAAAGGGGAGCUGGUGGGCACACUGGACCACCUGCACGAGCUGAGGAACGUCCUGCGCCGCUCCCAGCAGAAGGCGGAGGAGCGCAAGGCGGCGAUGGAGAAGCUGGCGGCGGGGCUCAGGUGAACCGCUCCUCGAUCCGGAAAAAAAACACACACACACGAGGUCGUUGUUCAAGAUCCGUCGGGGCCGCACUGGCUACGUGGUCAAAGAAAGAGACACCGGGCCGCGGCGUUGGACCUCUUCCUCUGCACCAUUUGGCGUCACACAAGACUGCACUGAGGUACUGACUGUGGGAUUUCAGAAGCCGCGUGUGACGAAUGAUUGAGAAAUAGCACCUUCCUCUUCCCUUUGCUUUUUGUUUCUUAUUCUUCUCCCCGUUGUCUCAAUACUCUCGCAUUGCGAGGGCUUUGCAUUGACAUGCUUUGAAUUUCACAGCCCUGGUCUCUGUGUCGUGUGGAAACAACCUGAGGACGAUCAUAAGUCACCGCUGCUUCGGGACACUGUCAUAAAUCAUACACGCAGAAUUCCUUAGUCCUGUGAAUUGUCUUUGUUUUUCUCUGAAGAUUGCAGUUUGUUGUUGUUGUUGUUGUUGUUGUUGUUGUUGUUGUUGUUGUUGUUGUUGUUGUAGUGUUUCGCUCGCAGCCCAUGCUCUCUCAUACAUGUUUUUUUCUUCGUGGUUGCUCUGUGUUCAUCCAUUUAUGAAAGAAAAUAUCUUUCAUAUCCACUUAUAUUUUUCCAUCAGGAGUCCAAUUUGUAUUCACUAAACCAAUGCGAUGACUAGCACGUAAUUUGUCUUUUACAAUCUCAGUCUGCGGAUUCAUCAACUUCUUAGUUGUUGUAAUGGUGUCAUGUUUUUUAUCCAAAAGUACUCUUAUUCAAGAAUUAUAAAUACUGGCUGUAUUUGGAGCUACCGCUCAGCUACGGUAAAUCAACAGAAGAAGAAGAAAAGCACUGGAAUAACUGUUUAACUGUUUUGUAAUUCCCUGCCGGGGGCAUGAAGAUAAAUCAACCCUGAGAUGUGAACAGUAAAACGGUGCAUCACGGGCAGAUAUGAAAAGCCAUACACAUGGAAAGACGCAGAUGCAUUUCUUUUUCUUUGUAAUGCAAAAAAAAAGAAAAAAAGAGUAUGUCUAGUGGUGUUCAGAAACUUUCCGUCUCCCUAUGUGGGAUCAAUUGUCUGUUGUCUGUUUCCUGCGGUGAGUCAUCUGAAAGCUGCAUGUGUGCUCCCCCCCCCCCCCCCAUGGCUGAGAUGUAAUCACAUCUAAUUCAGGGGAGGCCGGUUUCACACAUCAUGUCACAUGCUGUGACGCUGACCUCAACAUUUAACUGUCAUCAUAACACCGUUACUGGCCAAAAGGCAUCUUCAUGAUAUACAUCUGCAUGUUAUCCUAUGGGCCCUGCCUCUGAUUUUAAUGAAUGCCAUCCCAAACGCUGUCAUAUCUUUUGCUGACAUGUAAGCAAUGCAUAUACGUGUUGUAUGAA